UCUCUCUCUCUCUCUGGGGAAGAAGAUGGAGAUGGCUGACCAGAACACCGUGGCUAAGGAUGCCGUCUCCAACAAUGGCGACCAGCGGAAGUUGAUCAAGGACUUCGAUCCUCCGGUGAAGCCGCGCCGGAACAAGUAUGCCAUCGCCUGCGCCAUCUUGGCCUCCAUGACCUCCAUUUUGCUGGGAUAUGACAUAGGAGUGAUGAGCGGGGCAAUGAUAUACAUAAAGGAGGACCUAAAGGUAAGCGAUGUGCGCUUAGAGAUCCUGACGGGGAUCCUCAACGUCUACUCGCUCGUCGGGUCGGCAUUGGCCGGAUGGACCUCCGAUUGGAUCGGCCGCCGCUACACCAUCGUGUUGGCGGGCGCCAUCUUCUUCGCCGGAGCCCUCCUCAUGGGCUUGGCCCCCAACUACCCCUUCCUCAUGUUUGGCCGUUUUGUCGCCGGCAUUGGUGUCGGCUAUGCCCUCAUGAUCGCCCCAGUCUAUACCGCCGAGGUCUCCCCUGCCUCCUCCCGCGGCUUCCUCACCUCCUUCCCUGAGGUGUUCAUCAACGGCGGCAUCCUCCUCGGCUACAUCUCCAAUUAUGCCUUCUCCAAGCUCCCCCUCCACCUCGGGUGGCGAGUCAUGCUCGGUGUGGGAGCAAUCCCCUCGGUCGUGCUCGCAUUCGGGGUCCUUGCCAUGCCGGAGUCCCCUCGGUGGCUCAUUAUGCAGGGUCGCCUGGGCGAUGCAAAGCGCGUCCUUGACAAGACCUCCGACUCCAAGGACGAGGCCAUGCUCCGGCUUGCUGACAUCAAAGUGGCAGCUGGCAUCCCUGAGGAAUGCCAUGACGAUGUCAUCAAAGUCACUGAGCAGAGCACUGGUAAGGGUGUGUGGCGCGAUCUCCUUCUGCGCCCAACCCCGUCUGUUCGCCACAUCUUCAUCUGCGCCAUAGGAAUCCAUUUCUUCCAACAAGCCUCUGGCAUCGACGCCGUUGUCCUCUACAGCCCUCGCAUCUUCAAGGAGGCCGGCAUCACCUCCCACGACAAAUUGCUCCUUGCGACCAUCGCAGUCGGCUUCAUAAAAACAACAUUCAUUCUCAUCUCCACCUUCCUCCUCGAUCGGGUUGGACGGCGGUCAUUGCUGCUGACCAGCGUUGGUGGGAUGAUCUUCUCAGUCACCAGCCUUGCAAUAUGUCUCACCAUCAUCGAUCACAGUCACAAGAAUCUCACAUGGGCGGUGGCCAUGUGCAUCGCGUCAGUGUUGUGCUACGUGGCUUUGUUCUCCAUCGGUUUGGGGCCAAUCACAUGGGUGUAUAGCUCGGAGAUUUUCCCAUUGAGGCUGCGUGCACAGGGGUGCGCGAUCGGUGUCGGCUUGAACCGUGUGGUGAGUGGAGUGUUGUCGAUGACUUUCUUAUCGCUAUACAAGGCAAUCACCAUUGGCGGGGCAUUCUUCUUGUACGCGGCAAUUGCGAGUGUCGCAUGGGUGUUCUUCUACCUGCUGUUGCCAGAGACUCAAGGGCGGACACUGGAGGAGAUGGAGCAGUUUUUCGGCAAAUACACCAAAUGGAGGUCCGCGGCAAAGAAGGUGGAUCUUCAAAGGAACAAAGUGGUGAUCAACAGCGGCGGAGGCAACAGGGAGGGGCAGUUAGAGAACUGAUCACAAGACAGGGAUAUUUGGUAAAUAUGGAUGCCUUUGUUAGGGUUUUUAGAUUAAUUAUAGAUAAUAAGAACCGGGUGAUGGUUGCUAACGUGGACAAUGACGAAAAGGGUUGCUUCUUGUUUGACAUUGAAAGCAUAAGAAACAUAAAAGAAUUACUCUAAUGAAUUUUGAAAGAAGUAACCGAGAGAAAUUCCUCAGAAAAUUCAAUCACCUUUGGAA